ACAGUUGCGGGUGAGAACCGGCCGGAGGAUGGACCGUCUCCUUCCGCUGCAUCUCAUUUGGCUGCUGCGCGUCUUCAGCGCCGUGUCCGCCGCCACUCACUAUAACUGCAACAGCCCCUUGGUUUCCAUGUUGCCCCAGUCAUCCUUCCAGAGUUCUUCACAGCCCUCCAUCAGCUACGCUGCCCACAAUGCCAAGCUGAACAGAAGAGAUGGAGCAGGAGGCUGGUCGCCCAUGGUGACCGACCCCGAGCCCUGGCUGCAGGUGGACCUCAGGGACAGGAUGGAGGUUACGGCCGUGGCCACGCAGGGGCGUUAUGACAGCUCGGACUGGGUCAGCAGAUACAUGCUGCUGUACAGCGACACGGGCCAGGCCUGGAAGCAGUUCAGGCAGGACGACGGCGUCGGGAGGUUCGUGGGGAACACGAAUUCGGAGGCGGUGGUCCACAACAAGCUGUCCCACUCAGUGAGAACCCGGUUCCUGCGCUUCAUCCCUCUGGAGUGGAACCCCAGCGGCUGGCUGGGCGUCCGGCUGGAGGUGUACGGCUGCUCCUUCAAGUCGGACGUGGCGGACUUUGAUGGCAGAAGCUCUCUGCUGUACCGGUUUAACCAGAAGUCCAUGUCCACGGUGAAGGAUGUCAUCUCUCUGCGCUUCAAAAGCCGCCAGGCAGAGGGGGUGUUACUGCACGGCGAAGGACAGCGGGGGGAUUACAUCACCCUGGAGCUCCACCGCGGGAAACUGGCUCUCUACCUCAACCUGGACGACACCAGGCUGAGGUUCAGCAGCAGCCGCGUGGCCGUCACCGUGGGCAGCCUGCUGGACGACCAGCACUGGCACUCCGUCGUUAUCGAGCGCUUUAACAAGCAGGUGAACCUCACCGUGGACUCCCACACACAGCACUUCCAGACCAAAGGAGAAGGAGACUCGCUGGAGGUCGACUACGAGCUGAGCUUCGGAGGAAUCCCGCUGCCUGGAAAACCAGGGACCUUCCUGAGGAAGAACUUCCACGGCUGCAUCGAGAACCUGAACUACAACGGGAUCCACAUCAUCGACCUGGCGAAGAGACGCAAGCCACAGAUUUAUAGCGUGGGUAACGUGACCUUCUCCUGCUCGCGGCCUCAGCUGGUGGCGUGCACCUUCCUCAGCUCCAGCAGCAGCUUCCUGUCGCUGCCGGCCGCCGCCCCGUCCACCAUCAUGGGGGGCUUCUCCGUCCGCCUUCAGUUCAGGACCUGGAACUCGGAGGGGCUGCUGCUCUCGGCGCGGCUCAGCCCGGAGCCCCAGAGUCUGGACCUGCAGAUCAGCAACAGCCAGCUGCUCCUCACGCUCCACGGCGCCGCCCAGCAGAGGUCGGAGGUCUCGGCAGGUCACAAAGUUAAUGACGGGCUGUGGCACACGGUGAGUCUGGACACCAGGAACCUGCAGAUCAGCCUGACUCUGGACAGCGAGCCGCCCUCCACCAUGGAGCAGUGGGAGCAGCUGGGGGCUCGAGGCAGCUUCUCCUUCGGAGGCUGCUCCUCCACGGGCUGCCAGAAUCCCUCUCAGGCCUUCCAGGGCUGCAUGCGUCUCAUCACCAUCAACGACCAGCCGGUCAACCUCAAUCACGUCCAGCAGGGGCUGCUGGGAAGCUACAACCAGAUCCAGUUUGACACGUGCAACAUAAGAGACAGGUGCCUUCCAAACCUGUGUGAGCACGGAGGCCGCUGCUGGCAGACCUGGAGCUCCUUCUCCUGCGACUGCUCGGGGACCGGAUACUCCGGCGCCACCUGCCACGCCUCCAUCUACGAGACGUCCUGCGAGGCCUACAAGCUGAUUGGCAGCUCCUCUGGCUUCUACUCCAUUGAUCCAGAUGGGAGUGGCCCCCUGGGGCCGGCGCCGGUCUACUGCAACAUGACAGAGGAGCGGGUGUGGACAGUGCUCGCCCACAACGUCACGGCUCCCGUCAGAGUCCAGGGCUCGUCGGCGCUGAAGCCUCACAGCAUGGCGUUGAACUACAGCGCGUCGGCCGAGCAGCUCCGCGCCAUCAUCGCCGGGUCGGAGCAGUGCCAGCAGGAGGUGGUGUACCACUGCAGGAAGUCCCGCCUCUUCAACACCAAAGAUGGCCGUCCCCUGUCCUGGUGGUUGGACCAGCGGGGGGAGAGGCGGACCUACUGGGGGGGCUUCCUGCCCGGAGUCCAGCAGUGCUCCUGCAGCCUGGAGGAGAACUGCAUCGACAUGAGUCACUUCUGCAACUGCGACGCCGACACCGACUCAUGGACCACAGACAUGGGAGUCCUGUCCUAUAAGGACCACCUGCCGGUGAGCCACGUGGUGGUCGGAGACACCAACAGGACGGGCUCGGAGGCCGUGUACCAGAUCGGCCCUCUGCGGUGUUAUGGAGACAAGUCCCUGUGGAACGCCGCGUCCUUCUACCAGGAAUCCUCCACCCUGCUCUUCCCCACCCUGCGGACCGAGCUGGCCUCCGAUAUCUCCUUCUACUUCAAGACCAGCGCUCCUUCGGGGGUCUUCCUGGAGAACCUGGGCCACAGAGACUUCAUCCGGGUGGAGCUCAGCUCUCCCUCGGAGGUGACCUUCUCCUUCGAAGUGGGGAACGGCCCGUCCGUCCUGACCGUGAAGUCCCACCUGCCCCUGAACGACCGGCAGUGGCACUUCGUGCGCGUGGAGCGCGGCGUGAAGGAGGCGUCGCUGCAGGUGGACCAGCUUCCCCUGCGCUUCCUGGAGGCCCCGGCCGACGGACACCGCCGCCUCCGCCUCAACAGCCAGCUGUUUGUCGGGGGCGCCGCCUCUCAGGGGAGGGGCUUCCUGGGCUGCAUCCGGACUCUCACCAUCAACGGCGUGACCUACGACCUGGAGGAGAAGGCCAUGCUGACGGUGGGCGUGAGCUCGGGCUGCCCGGGGUACUGCAGCGGCUCCAGCAGCCUGUGCCACAACAGGGGGCGCUGCAUCGAGAAGAGCAGCGGCUACACCUGCGACUGCUCCCAGUCCGCGUACGGAGGGCCCACCUGUAAGGAAGAGGUGUCAGUGUCCUUCGACAGAGAGUCCUCAGUCACCUUCACGUUCCAGGAGCCGUUCUCAGUGAUGCAGAACAGAAGCUCGCAGGCCUCCAGUGUUUCCAGGGAGAGCAGCAGCCGGGCCAGAGAGGACGUGGCCUUCAGCUUCAUCACCUCGCAGAGCCCCGCUAUGCUGCUGAGCGUCAGCACAUUCAGCCAGCAGUACAUCGCCGUCAUCCUGGCUCGCAACGGAACGUUGCAGAUCUGGUAUCACCUGCAGACGCACAGGAAGCCAGACGUAUUCAGCCCCCUCCUCGGGAACCUGGCGGACGGACUCCUCCACCGGGUCCGAAUCCAUCGAGAGGGCAAAGAUCUGUAUGUCCAGAUCGACCAGGACAUCCACAGAAAGUACACGCUGUCAUCCGAUGCAGAGCUGAUCCUAAUCAGAUCCUUGACAUUGGGCAAAGUCAUCAAGAGAGACAGCUUUGAAGAGGAGGUGGUCCAGGCCGGCUCCAAGGGCUUCGUGGGCUGCCUCUCCUCGGUGCAGUUCAAUCACGUCGCUCCUCUGAAGGCGGCGCUGCUCAACCGAGGCAGCUCGCUGGUCACCAUCCGCGGCCCGCUGGUGCAGUCCAACUGCGGGGCGCUGGCGGACUCCAUCACAUCGCACAACCUGCGAGAUCAAGCUGCAGCAACAAAUAAAGAGAAGGAGCAUCCGGGUGGUGAAUCCAGAAACGAUGUAGCUGUUAUAGCAGGUGUGGUGACGGCUGCCGUCUUCAUCAUCGUCUUCAUCCUGGCCGUGGUGAUCCGCCUGGUGUACCGGCGGAGAGCUCAGAGGAGCGACGACAGCAUGAAGGAGCACCAGAGGCCGAGCACCAGGACAGAGCUGCACCUCCACAACUCCCUCAGGGACAACAUGAAGGAGUACUACAUCUGACCGCGGGAGAGGGACCAGCUGAGACCAGCUGAGACCAGCCCAGACCACCAGACUGUACAGAGGACUGUGACCAACCGUGUGAAUAAUUUGACUUGAUGAAGGUUGACGAUGGAAAGCUACACCUGAGAAGAAGAAGGAGGACGACUUUUACUUCUGACGACACGAGGAUUACUUCUGACUACUCGAGGAUUACUUCUGACUGACAAAGCGAGGAUUACUACUGACCGGGCGAGGGGGAGCAGCUUCAAACUUUGUGCAAAGUCUGAAUAUCUGAAGGAGAGUGCCCAGUUCCCAUGAUUCAGGACUACUUGAGAACAAAAUCCUCUUUUGACAAGAUGAAGGUGGACCUCUUGUGAGCGGGAUGAUGAAACGCUUGAUCCACAACCUGCAGGACUGAAGCUGACUUCCUGAAGGACUUGAGAGGAGCUAUACGGGACUAUAUGAAGGAGAAACCCACUGCAGCCACAUACCUCUCCUACAUGAGACGCUGGGGUUCUUGUUGACACUGGGACCACCAGCGAGCGUCAGAACCACCGGGAUGGGAUCUUCACACCACGGUUUGACAGUGCAGAACCACCACAGAGGAAGAGGGGAGGGUCCCGACCUGCUGCACCUCCUGAUUGUGCACAACAUUUUCUUAUUAACUCCAAAUGCUGAAGAUUUCUGCAUCGCUGUAGAAUAUACUUAAUGAUACUUGGAAAUCCAGAGAGGUAGGCCUGGCCUGUAAGAUAUGCGCACUUUUGCUGCCGUCUUUGUUUUUUCUCAUGUGGUGGUGAACAUUGUGGUAUUGAUUGGGAGAAGAAACAGGGGGCCAAUACUGCCUACUGUACGAGUGCCUAAUUUGUCCUCAAGUUUUUCCUUUCAACAUGUUGGAGUGUUUUCUUUUUCUCCUUUUGUUUUGAGUGAUUGGCACCCCGGCAUCCUACUUUCAUAUGCAGGAGCUUGUUAUUUUUCAGCCCAUAUUACAAGAAGCAGGAAGACGAGAGAAAUUUGAGCCGCCCCGCAGUUUGGCAGCGCCAGAUAUUUGACCAUUAGGCAACGUGUGAAGAGUUUCUGUUUUGUACAAACUCCCCAAAGGGUCAUAGUGAGGGUUUUCUUUGU